CUCUUAUACCAGAUCCAAUAAUCCAAACUUAGCCAUCACAAAAUCGGACGGCUCACAUUGCCUCACCCUUCCCAAUAUAUUCAUCACCACUGCGCAGAUAGACCUACAGCAACUUACACCUCGUAAGCUUCACCAUCCUCCUCAAACCCACAACCUCAAAAAGUUCUGAAACAUCAUCAGAUUUCACCUGUUCGUUUCAAACAUGAAAUUCGUGUUGGAUUCUCCUCUCGAAGCUCUCGCUUUCGACUACGUUAGCUUCGGGUUGAUCACCGUUAUCAAUAGUCUCUGGACUUGGGUCGCCGUCGUCACCGCCGCCGUUAGCUUCUGGAGGCUCAGACCUAGAGCCCUUGAAGGCUUGAAGUUCCACUCCAAGGACGUCGUCAAGAGCUCAAAUGGGUGUUCUUCAUUUCCUGAAACAUCGCCACCGGUCACGGUGGAGGAGGAGUCACCAAGCUCGGUUUCAGCUCCAUCUCGAGCACCAGUAGCCGUUUCAUCAUCAGGUAGAUUUGAAGAUGACGGAGGUUUGACGAAAGGCGUCAAGUUUACAUUGUAUUUUGAUGAGGAUGCAAACGGAGACGUUGGCGGUGAAGGUGAGUUGACGGCGGAGGAGACGGAAGAGAGUGGCGGUGUGAACUGGUGGGAGAGUGGUUUGAGGAUGAGGACGGGGGAGAAGAGUUGGUACAGGUGCCAGGAUUUGACGGUGUUUAACGGCAACGUCGUUAGGUUAUGGGAUAAUAAUCACGGUUGCAGAGUCAACUCACCGCAGCGCUGCGUCGUUUGGUAGUUCAAUUAAAUAGUGGUAUGAUAGGCUUCAGCUUAGUCUUGCUGUAAUAAGGGCUUGGGGGUUUAAGGUUCGAAGAAGAUCGAAUUGUAUAUACAUUUUUGUUGGGUUCAUUAUCCUUCACUGAAUCAAUGCAAUAGUGAUUAGAUUA